AUGGGGCCAUUCAGAGCCCUAGUCCAGGAUGAGCUGUCUACAAGCUUUGCGCUGCUGGGAGGGCACCCCUGCUUCCUCACCACACAAGACAUUCAUCUGGGAACCAACGAGAGUACCGCUGACACAGCAAGAGUGCUGAUCCUAGCCCGGGUUUACAGCCAGUCAACGAUUGAUGAGCUGGCCAAAGAGACUUCUGUCCCAGUAAUCAACGGGCUGGCAGACCUGUACCACCACAUUCAGAUCCUAACAGACUUCCUUACCCUUCAGGAGCACUAUGGGUAUUUAAAUGGAUUGACAGUGUCAUGGAUUGGUGACGUUAACAACAUGUUACACUCUUUUAUGAUGGCGGCUGCGAAACUUGGCAUCCAUCUUAGAAUUGCUACUUUAAAGAAUAUAGGAUAUGAGCCUGAUGCUAGUGUAACCAGAGAAGCUGAGAAAUUGUCAAAAGAGUGUGGUACCCAGUUGUUCCUUACCAACAAUUCCGUGAAAGUGGCUCAUGGGAACAACGUGUUGGUGACUGACACUUGGAUAAGUAUGGGCCAAGAGGAGGAGAAGAAACAGAAACUGAAGGAUUUCCAUGGUUACCAAAUUACCAUGAAGACUGGAAAGGUGGCUGCCCCGGACUGGACAUUCUUGCACUGCCUGCCCCGCAAACAGGAGGAAGUGGAUGACAAGGUCUUCUACUCCCAGUGCUCUCUGGUCUUCCCAGAGGCAGAGAACAGGAAGUUGACGAUCAUGGGCCUGAUGGUCUCCCUGCUAACUGAAUACACACCUCAGACACCAAAGCCCAUUCUAAUCCAUGGAGAAUAG